AAUGCGCAUGCGCGCAUCAUCAUCUUCGGUUAACAUGGCGGCCCCCGUAGAUUUAGAAUUGAAAAAGGCCUUCACGGAACUGCAGGUGAAGAUGAUUGACACGCAGCAGAAGGUGAGGAUGGCGGACCUGCAGAUUGAGCAGCUCACCCGGGUGAAGAAGCACGCCACCCUGACCAGCACAGAGAUCGCUGCACUUCCCGAUGGCACACGCAUGUACGAGGGCGUCGGACGCAUGUUCAUCCUCCAGUCUAAAGAUGACAUCACUGGGCAGCUGAUUGAGAAACAGAAGACAGCGGAUGAGAAGAUCAAAGAGCUUGAGCAAAAGAAGACUUACCUGGAGCGCAGCGUCAAGGAGGCUGAGGACAAUAUCAGAGAGAUGCUGAUGUCUAGGAGGGCCCAGUGAGAGGGGGGCACUCACACACACACACCUAAACACACUUAAGUAUAUGUGUACACACACAUAU